AUGGCGACUAACAUAAAUGACUCGUCUCGGGCUGAGACUACGACAACGAGUCUAUUCAAAGGCGCACGAUUCUGGCUAUCUCGAACUGUUCCACAAAGGUCGAGAUUUAAAGAAUUAAUCAAGCAAUAUGGUGGCACCGUUGUGCUGAUGGAGAAGGAUGCCGAUGUCAAGCUGGUGGAUCACACGAGGAAAGACCUGCCUGGUGACACCUUCUCCUAUCAAUAUGUAGAGCGUUCUAUCAACAAGGGACGACUCGAAGAUCUAGAAGCCCACCGGGUUGGGCCAUCUGCACCUCGUCCAAUGGGUGCAUUCAACAUCCCCACGAAAAGCACAAGAUCAUUCUUUACCCUGAAAGAGGAUCAGAUUGUGUUUGACUGGGUUGCACACUUUGAGCAAGAGCCAGGGGCACCUGUCCAAGGCAAUAGAAUUUACCAGGAUUUGAGUGAACUGUUCCCCGCUCAUCCAUGGCAGUCCUGGCGUAGCAGAUACAUGAAGCACCUGCGUGGCAAGGGCCGUCCAGGGGGCGGCAGCCCAGUACCAUAUUCGGAGCUUGUACAGUCUGCACAACCCCAAGGAGAACGCCCAAAGACCUUGCCUGCCCGAUCAUCUCCAAAAGGUUCCACAGAAAAACCAUCCACAGCAAAACCUAGUUCAAGGGUCCCUCAGUUGCCACCACCUGCUCGGGUACAAGCAAGUACAGCAAACAGCCCAAAACGAAAACGAGAUCCGGUCCCUGAGCCGCCAAAUCAACGGCGGAGGGACGUUUCACCUAUGAAAAGAAGAGCAAUUGAAUCGUCUACAAUUGCAGGCCCUUCCUCACGCCGUCCCCGUUCUGGUAGCCGGGGACCCCAAAUAGAGUCAUCAAACAUGGCAGCCACACCACCUUUUACUGCUCGCCCAGAAAGACGCUCUCCCGGUGUCUCAUCGUCAGAGACAGGACCGCUUCAAGGCCUUGGCAUUCCAGGUCUCUUCCCAGUCACUAACCCUUCCACACAAACCUCUCGUCGCGUCACUCGGGAGACUCCACAACGACCACCAAAUGCAGCAGAAUCACCAGCGCCGCCAGCUCCACCGCGACCAUUGGGGGACAAUGCCUUCGCACAGUCCAACCGAUUCAAGAAACAAGCACCGAACGCCAGACCACCAGUCAAAAAUAUCUUCGAAGACCCAGUGGACCCAAUUUUCCUAGAACUCCCAUUCUUACCAUCAAGCCCACCAUCUGAGGUGGUUGACGAUGACGAUGACACCUCCGAUGCGCCCGACGUCGAUACUUGGAUUGAUCAACGCCUGGCUCGAGGCGCUAAAGAAUCGCACGUGUUCGAAGCUCUGCGAUGCACAAGCAUGGUCCCAGAGAUGGCAGAUAAGGUUCUCAAAUAUCUCACCGCUGGGAAGGUAAUCCCCGAUGAUAUGCCCGGGGUCUGGACAGCCGAGGAUGAUGACUGUUUACAGGCAGCGGAGCAUUCGCGUGUACAGCGAGCGUUGACGAAGCACGGCGCAGAAGCGUACAAGGAUAGGUGGGAGUAUUUCAGCAUGGCCCGACAGACAGGGCUCAUUGAAUGA